AUGUAAGUAAGGAAGAACAUGUUCUCCAUGUGACACGACGCUGAACUGAAUCACACGGAGCUGCUGAAGCUGCAUUAAAUGAACAAUGAAUCUAUCACAGAGUUCAGUGAAAACCAGCGACUCUCCAGCGCUGCAGCCUGAUGUGUCUCAGCUGAAGAUCGGGUUCAUCGGAGCGGGAAACAUGGCGUUUGGAAUAGCGCAGGGCAUCAUCGCGUCAGGGAAGGUUCCACCCAGUAAUAUAAUUAUCAGCGCUCCAUCCAUGAACAACCUUCCUCGCUUUCAGGAGAGAGGAGUUUCUGUCACUCACUUGAAUGACGAGGUUGUCGAUCGCUCUCGGUUGGUCUUCCUGGCCGUCAAACCUCACCUCGUCCCAAAGGUGCUGAAUGGAAUCUCCGGGAAUGUCACUCAGGAACAUGUCAUCGUUUCCAUGGCAGCCGGAAUCACUCUAGAAACACUUGAGGAGCUGUUGCCUGCUGGGACGCGUGUGAUUCGUAUAAUGCCGAAUCUUCCCUGCAUGCUCCUGGAAGGGGCGCUGCUCCUCGCCUGCGGCUCGUGUGCGGGACAGGAGGAGGAGACUCUCCUGAAGACCCUCCUUGGUCCUUGUGGGUUGGUGGAGGCGGGGCCUGAACCCUGGAUCGACGCCCACGUAGGCUUGAGUGGCAGCGGUGUCGCAUUUGUGUAUGUGUUUGCGGAGGCGCUGGCCGACGGUGCUGUUAAAAUGGGGAUGCCCAGCGCUCUGGCUCGACGUAUCGCAGCACAGACAAUACUGGGCGCUGGCGUGUUACUGCGUGAUUCCGGGAAGUUCCCGGCGGAGCUGAAGGCCGAGGUUUGCACACCGGGAGGGACCACGAUUCACGGGAUCCAUGUGCUGGAGAAGGGAGGAUUCAGAGCGGCUACGAUGGGAGCCGUAGAGGCGGCGACCGAAAGAGCCAGAGAACUCGGAAAGAAGUAGAGUGGGAAUCUCAUUUAGAGAGGUUAUGAAACCUGAAUGUAAACCGGGUUACAGGAGCGACGAUAACACCUUAAAGUCUUACUUUAUGCUCCAAGCAUAUACAGUAGUCAGUGUUUCUGAAUGUUGAUUACCGAGGCCUUGAUAAUGGAUUGAAAGGUGUUGAAUGAAUGGACUCAUCUAAAGAUGAGAAUUUCUUGUGUAUUCUAAGGGAACAAUAUACAUGCAUUGAAACCCAUGUUAGCUGUUAGUAAGUUACACGUCUGUAUGGUUUUUACAGUACUUGACAAACCACUGGGAUUCAGAAAACAAUGCAACUCUGAAAUGUUUACACAAUAAGAAUGUGCUAGAUGUAUUCAGUUUAUUUUCUGCACAUGAAAUGUUUAUUUUGUCCACACAAAUUUAAAGAAUGUGAAAAAAAAAUCGUAUUAAAUGUAUAAUAAAUUAAUCUCUAAGAAUUUCA